ACGCGCCAAUCGACAUUCUCCGCCUAUAUAGAACACAUUGAAAAAAUUUUCAUCGUCGCAGGCCUGAGCAAAAUUAUUAUUUAGUCGUUUUGGAAGUGUUAAGUGUACUAUAUCUGUUCUCAGCUCCGAGCAAACAAAAUUAUUUCCUUCGACAAUUGCCUAGUUUUCGUUUGUUGGUUCCCCGACCCAACCGCUACAAUCUGUCGUAAGUAGGAGUUAUCUCACUGGUCCUCAGCACAAUGUCGGGCGAUUGCAACACACACUGCCCCAACCCGUGCGAUCCCUGCGGCGGUCCGACCGACUUUACACCAUGCCCGGCAGGCGCUACCUGUCCGCCUUGCGAUUGCGGCGACUAUGCGGGAUGCUGCUACCAGCAGCCGGCACGCACCAUGCCCAUUCUUCCCAAGUCCAACUUCAUGCGGUCGACGGCUCCUCUGGACACGGACACCAUUUACCGGCGCUCGUACUACGCCAACUGUGGGGACAAUCUUCGGGCUCGUCCUGUUAUGCCAUGCAGCCAGAUCCGGGCCUCCACAGCACCGCUCGAGAAGUGUACCAUACAGAAGCUCUCGUACAUGCCGCCGUGCCCCACCAAGCGGACGCCACCCAUCGUCCCAAUGGAGAGUGGAUUGCGCUUCGAGGGUCCCAUCUACGCAAUGACCUCUCAGAAGCACGAUUAUGUACCAAAGGGCAUGGCGAAGCGAGAUCCGAUUGUGCCACGUGUGGCCAUAUGCUCCUCCAGCGCCCCCAUGGAGCGCUGCACAAUCCAGAAGUUAAGUUAUAUGCCGAUCGAUGUGUGCUCGAACCCACCACCCAAGCCCAUGACCCAAGGAUCACACUACUGCAAACCAACCGGGCCGAUGGAGCGUUGCACAAUCCAGAAGCUGUCAUACAUGCCGGUUUGCCUGCCGACCAAGGAGCCGACCCCAUGGGCGGACAAGAUCCGCUGUGUGCCGCCGCGCUACUCCAACGUCUGUACUACUUACAAUCUGAGCUACAUGCCCAACUGUAAUGAGGCGCGUACUGCUCCGGUGCUCCCCUUGACUACCUUGCGCUUCUGUGGCAACGAUUCUGGUGCCGGGAGCACCGUCUACAAGUUAAGCUACAUGCCAGUGGACGCCUCGCGCACCAAGCCAGAUCCCGUGCUGCCCAGAGAUACCUUCUGCCGUCCCACCGGACCACUGGAGAGGUGCACAAUUCAAAAGCUCUCCUAUCAACCGAACUGCUCGGAACGCACUCCCCCCAUUCGCCCUAUGGAGAAUGGGCUGCGCUUCGAUGGUCCGAUGUACGCUAUGACCACCCAGAAGCACGAUUUUGUGCCUAAGCCGCCAACAAGGCGUGCUCCGAUAAUGCCCCGCACCGCCUUUUGCCGGCCUAGUGGUGCUAUGGAGCGCUGCACCGUAAACAAACUCUCGUAUAUGCCGGUGGACGUCACCUGUUUCCCCAGGACUGAGGCCGUUCGCCCAGCCUCCGGGUUCUGUCGCAACGAGGGACCCAUGGAGAAAUGCACUACCUACAAGCUGAGCUAUAUGCCAAACUGCAUUCCGCCCAAGGAACCGCUGCCCUGGGCCAACUACACAUCCUACUGUCGGCCAAGCGGUCCUAUUGAGAAAUGCACAAUCCAGAAGCUUAGCUACGGACCUCCCGGUGCCUUCCAACGUUGCAGCGGUCCUUGUGGAAACGGCGGCGGUGAUGGCUUCCCGAAAGCCGGCAUUUGUUGAGCUGGAAAUACAUUUUGAUUGCUCCACGAAGUGCGCUGCAUAUCCCGUGUUCAAUUUUACAUGUUAAAGCAAAAUCUUUAAGUCUCCAGCUUCAAGGACACGUUACGUUACCUUUUUCAGCAUCUGUGUGAACAAUGUUCAUUGAGCACGACUCGUGAAUGCUAAGAUGCCCUUUCUGAAGUAUUUCCAUUAUGUGAGACGUCAUCUUAGGUUUUCUCAACUCUGUAACCUCUACUUGUUCACCGUUUUAUUUUUUGUGUGAUGACCCUGCGUACUUACAGAAAAUUUCUAGUGAUCAAGUGUCUGGUUAUCGAAUUGUAGGGUGUAUUCCCCAUUAUAAAAUUAAAGUAUAUAAAUAUAUACAGAGUAGAACAUAUUUAGAUAUCAUAAA